AGUUGGCCGGCGGCAGCGGGGUGGGCGCCAUCAUGUCGGCCUCGCUGUUGCGGCGGGGCCUGGAGUUGCUGGAGGCGCCGGCAGGACUCCAGCGGGGGCGGGACGGCCCCGGGGCGGCGGGCGCUGCCAGGCGGAGGAAGAGGGCGGCGGGGCCCGGCGGGAACAAGGCCACGGUGAAGGGCAGAGUCGUGAAGUCGGCGAUAGAGGAGUUUCAUAAGAAGAAGGCUGUGAAUCACUUGAGAGCGAACCUGCAGUACAUGUUGAAGGGGCGAUUUGUUGCAAACAAAGCCGUCACAGAACAAGUUCUUGCUCAGAACAGAGGCAGGAAGUCCAAAGAUCAGCCUCCAAAGAAGGCAGCAAAGAAGAAGCCUGAGGGCACCGUCUUUACUGAGGAAGAUUUCCGUAAAUUUGAGAGAGAAUACUUUGGGAGACCAUAAACAACGUGACAGGGAUUCUUGCAGCUCCAUUCUUUCUGCAGCUAAGUGCUCGGCAUGUGGGACUGGCCAUUUCCCCAGCGUGUUUGAGAUAGGAUAUCAGAGAUGUGCUUCUGUCAGCAAGUGCUUUAAUGUCACACUUGCGGAGCAGCUCUGCAUCUGUGCAGAACUUGUUACUGGCCAGCUAGAGCCACAGAGGUUCUCUUGGUUCUGAGAUGCGUUGUCCUUAUAAUUACCUCCCUCCAGCCAACAUGUCUUGCAUUCUUAGUGUAGAAGGGUGGAUCAAGCCAAAUACAAUUCUUGUUCCCCUUCCUCAGGAUGUGAGGCUCCUGCUACCUGCGUUAUUUGGCAGGGGGCAUUUAAAGUACUGUGUCUGAAUGGAGAAAUGUUUUGGAGCAGCAGUCAUAAGUCAUCAGAAGGGAAGGAUGCUUUGAAAGACUUAAACCUGAGCAGCCCCGCAGUUUCUGUUCUCAUUACAGCCUCUGUCAGGUUUUUCAGUCAUUGCAAAAACUUUUUACAUGUCGUUUGAUUAAAUAAUUGUUGCAGACGCCGCCUCUCUUUGCCUUUGUAAUAGUGAUUAUUAUGACAGGCUACGACUGAUGAAGACAAAUGGUGUCACUGUUGCAAUCCAAGCACCCCUCUCUUGAGGAUGACUCAGUUGUGUGAAUGCCCUCUCAGAUUCAUCUUGACACAUGUAUUUAAUCUUCUCUCUGAUAUGCUCAGGCCUUCAAAGAGUGCAGGUUAGAAUGGACAUGACUCCUCUCUGUUUUGCCUACUCACAGUCUCCCCUCUCCAAAGAAGAGCUCUUACAUGGAGAAAGUUGUCCUUUGGGUGCUUACACCUGAGCCUCCCACUGAGGCUGAGCCAGGCGAGGAGGGCACCGCUACUAGGCACUGCCAGCUCCCGUAGCCAGGAGGGGUUGCGACCCAGUCGUUAGCCUUGGCAUGGAGUUAAAAACUUCUGAGCCAGAGGUUGCAGUGCUGGGUUGAAGGGGAGUUUUUUGUCAGACUGCUGCUAAAUUCCUGGCUGCAACAAAUAGAAGGUCCAGCAGGUGGGAGUGUUGUUCCAGACGCUUCCAUGCUAGACCACUGCAAAUGUGCUUCUGGGGAGUUCCUGUCACUCACUGCCCUUUCCUGCCCCUUACCUAAGAAGGUGGGAAGUGUGUUCCUUUUGGCAAAAAAGAGGUAAGGAGAAGGACUAAUGCCGAGCUCUGGUUAGACUCAGGAGUUGAUUACAAGGGGCUUGGCUGACCUGAGCAGGAGCUGCUUGGAUGUCAGCACCAGUGGGAAUUUUGUAUCCCUUCCCUGCCCUCUGAUUAUAAUUCCUGGUGCUGUCCUCUUAAGUCUGUGCCUCCUCUGUUGUGUUCUUUCCCUGUUGUCUGCAU